UUUUUUUUAUUUCACAGUUACCACCACAAACACAGUUGUUCCAUCAUGAGACUGUAUAUCACUACUGUCCUAAAUGACAAUGAUAGUGUGUGCUAGAUGUGGAUGCCAAAAUUGAGCUGGUUUCUUGAAACUCAUUUUUUGAAGGUGACAGGUUCUUUUUCCAAUGUGCAUCAUAAAAAGACUUACAUAGAUAUCUUGAAGUUAACACAAGGGACAAUGUGUUGACACCUAAUUUUGUAUAGGUAGGCCAAUAACACUGAUAUAUCAGUCUUGAUGAAAUGAUAUCAGCCGAUUAUUGGUAUUGCAAAAAUCCUGUAUAUGAUCUCUGCGAAAAUCCAAAUUUCAUGGCAUUUAAUAUUUACAAAGAUAAGGAACGGCCAAGUUAUAUGUGGCAAUAAUUGUACUGCUGAAGGAGGUGCUCCAGAGAGCAUAACCAGCAGCUUACUUUUGCUUUGGCUGCUGAAGGAAAUAUGAAAAUUAAAAUGUGUUCCCCGGACGACCACACAGCGUCAGCCGCGCAACGUGGUAACACAUAUGCGGAGCUCCUAAGAACAUUGUUCACCCAAAAAUUUUACCAACUUCCAGGUAGUAAUGUUGCUGUGUACAAGAUAAUCUAUGGUGACAGAACUUUACUCCCAAGAUAAUUUUGUAAUCAAUUCAUAAUGACUUGCGCGUCUCGGAAAAUUAU